AUGUCGGUGAUGGCUUGUACGCCAAUUCAGCAGCUUGAGCUAGAAUACGAGCGUGUGAUGCGAAUAAGUGCCGAAGAGUUGGAUCUCGAACCCGCAGUCUAUGUUCAUGAAGGGAGUGAGACCUUAUCACAACUCAGGGAACAACUCGCAUUACUUCCGGACAUCGAAGAAUUAUCUCCGAAGUGUGACAUCGACUCGGCCGACGUUGGAGAAUCUGGGAUGAGUACUCCAGAAGACGAGCGAAGAUUGAGAGGGAUUCUGAAGUAUCAUCGAGCCAUCUUUCUGGGAGACGGGAAUGCGGUUCCAGCUCCGGCGCGGGGUGUCACCUGUGAUUUGGAUGUUGGAGAGGCGAACCCUGUCACUCAGCGUCCCCGAUCAGUGGCUCCCCAUUUAUCGAUCCAAGUGUAUGAACUGCUGAAGAAGCUUUUGGAAACCCGACUCAUCGAACACUCAGAAUCACCAUGGGCAUCACCUAUUGUGAUUGUCCUCAAGAAAAAUGGUGUGGAUAUCCGAAUGUGUGUCGAUUACCGAAUUGUCAACGGAUUCAUUACAUUGUCCAAUUACCCUCUACCGCUAAUAGACGAUCUGCUGGUUGGGUUCGAGGACGUCAUGUGGUUUAUGAGCUUGGAUAUGGCGAGUGGCUUUUGGGCGAUCAAGAUGUCUGAAAGAGCGAAGCUGAUAUCGGCGUUCGUCUGUCCGUUCGGACACUUCCAAUGGACCCGCAUGCCAUUCGGACUCAAGAACGCGCCACUGAUAUACCAAUCGGCGAUUUGUCUGAAUCCUACUGAUAACCAAGAAUAUGGAGGGAGCUGUCUGAAUGACGAGGUGAAGGGACUCACGGAUCUGAUGACGGUUUUCCAAAGGAAUAUCCCUAUGCCAUCACACAUCGGUCCAGUGCUAGGGCGCAGUUCUUACAUCGAUGACAUCGCUCACAGUGCGAAAACAUGGGAUCAGCUUUGUGAAGAUCUGGACACUUUGCUCUAUCGUUUACGCUACUGGAAUAUAUCGGUGAGUUUACCAAAAAGCGAGUUUGGAAAACGAUCGAUCCCUUAUCUGUCGCAUGAGAUUAGUGCAGAAGGUGUCCGGGCGAUCCCAAAAGUUGCAAAGGGUGUUAUGGAUUUACCGUUCCCCAAGUCUCAUAAAGGUGUGCUAUCGUUUCUCGGAAGUCUGAACUAUUAUCAUAAUUUCAUUGAAGACUUU